CCAAUCAUAAUACGACAGCUGGGAUUCCAGAAGUAUAAUUUUUUUGACAGAAAAAUCCAACGUGGUAUAAAUAAAGUCGUCAAAAUUGUGUGAGGUUUACAUAUAUAUUGUAACGUCGACAAAAAAAAUAAUUAAAAAACAACUGUUGUUAUUUAUUCUUGUGCCAAAUACUUAAAUAUUUUAGCUCUUUAAAUUUACAUUUAAUAAUUCAACAUACUACAUCAUCAUGUGGCAAGUAAAAUUAAUGUCUCUUUUUUUAAUCUUGGGAUUUGGUUUGUCAGUAUCUGCACUGAAAGAAGGCGAAUGUGAAGUUUGCCAAGCAAUAGUUGAAAAAUUUUCAAAGACACUUAGCAGUGAUGUAAAAUCAGACUUUAAUAAAAUUGAAAGUGAAUUUAAAAAGUUUUGUAAAGAAACAAAAGCUAAUUCAAAGGAAAAUCGUUUUUGCUAUUAUUUGGGUGGAUCAAGUGAUUCAGCAACUGGUAUGCUUGGUGAAUUGAGCAAACCUCUAUCACGUCAUUAUCCAGUUGAAAAAAUUUGUGAAUUAUUAAAAAAGAAAGAUACACAAAUUUGUGAUCUUCGAUUUGAUAAACAAAUUGAUUUGGAAAAAGUUGUUUUAAAAACACUUAAAGUUCGUGAUUUAAAGAAAAUUUUAAGUGACUGGGAUGAAAAUUGUGAUGGUUGUAUUGAAAAAUCUGAUUUUAUCAAAAGAAUCGAAGAACUUAAACCAAAAUACUCAACUUCCAAAAAAAGUGAACUUUAAAAAACAAAAAAAUAAUAAUUAACAAUAACAAUUUAUACAUUAUUUUUUAUUCAAAGAAGAUAACAAAUUUUUAGUUUCUUUUUUCAUUUAUAUAUUUGUCAAAUCAUCUAGAUAUUUUUAAAUAAUUUAUAGUCGCCAAGUAUGAAAGGAAGUACGAAAGAAGUGAGUAAAUAAAUCAUGUAAAUCCAAAUUUGUUUCUUUUUUUUGUUUUUUUUUUUUUAAAUAAACAAAGAAAAAAAA